GAGAAACAGACACUACCAUCAUGCCCAUGGAUACAAAACUUUGUGCUAUCUGCGACCAAUGCAACCACCUUGCAGCACAAUGCCCAAGAAAGGAAAUUCGCCAACAAUGGACUGAAUACAACAAAGGACAAGCAGAGUGCUUCG